GAAAACUUUAUUUGAUUUAUUUCUGUUGAAGAUGUCUGCCAGUGAAGUUCGAUUAAAUGUGAACAAUUCACACGUUCGAUAUUCGAACGAUUAUGAUCCACUCUCAUUGACCACAGACGAUAAACAUGAUAACAAAGAAGCAAUCGAGGAUAUUAUUUAUCCGGAGGAAAAUGAAACUUUGGAAGCUAUACCGAAUGAAGAUGAUAAAAAUGCAUUAGCUGCUUUCAAGACAUCCGCCCAAGGUAUGAUGGAUAUUGCUUUGCUGACAUCGAAUGCAAACCAACUGAGAUACCUGACGAUGCUCAACCAGAGGAGUGCAUUUUACACGCUUCUCAUAAUUUUGAUUAGCACGUCACUGUUUCUGCAAGUGGCAGUAGGAGUUUGCUUAAUCGUUCGUGCUAUGGGCGAGUACAAGAAUCAACCUGAGAGUGCGGCUGUGAAACAUAUGAACAUCUUCGGCACCUGCGCGGUUUAUGCGAUUUUGAUCAUCAAUGUUUUCAUAGCCAGCUUUACGGAUAUACCAGCACCACUUACAUAAUUAAAUGACAACUCAAAUUGAUUGCAUUGAAUGCAAACAUGAUCUCAUUUAGCAUUGAACGUUCCACAAUUGAAUUUUAUUGAUUUAAAAUUAUUUCAACAAAUGAUAUAUCGUCAUUUGAUAUUAGGUUUUUUAUAAUAACAAAUUGAUCAUAUCAAAAAUGAACACAAACUCUUCUGUUCUCAUUCACCAACUCACCAUUCACCUUAAAUGUUCCAAAUUGAAUAACAUUGAAGACUAUUGAAGACUAUUUCCAUGAAUCAUGUGAAAUCAUCACAUAAAUUAGCGUACGCUAAGCGAAUAAUUAUUACUUUUUGGUAGCUCUUAUCUCUUAAUUAAUAGUUUAAUCUUCUUCAUGACUUAUUAUUUACUCUGUUAUUAUAAAUUAUAUUAGUUGAAAACAUUGGUAUUCGUGUAUAUGCAUUUUAUUUCGGAAUUAGUAUUAUUAUAAAUCGUUGAUAAAAUAAAUACGGAACGAAGGACCAUUUCCAAGCAAAUAAGAACCAUCCAUUAUUAUUUAUAAAAAGAAAGAGACGAAAAGAAAACAAUGUGAGAGGAGAAAGGAUAAUUUUGUCCUCCGCGACGGAACGGUGGAUAUAAUCAAUAUAAAAUGGGGAGGCUUUCAUUUCGUUUUCGGCCGUGAUUGAAACAAACUACCCCCUUUCGUACAGGGUUCAACUCGGCAAUGAAAACAAACGACACUUGAAACCGGAAAUAUUAAACGGACGCCAUAAUUUCCGGACCUCUUCCACCCCCGGAUGGAUUAUUCAAACAAGUUGCGGUCCCAUCCUUUUUUUUUUACCGUCGAGCGGUAUUUGCACUUGCAAGGGGAUACAAGUCUGCAAUAAAAUUCUAGUACAUAAAUUCCGGCAGAUGGUUGUAAUCGUUGCAGUUUUCGACCUCACGUGCUCCGCGAUGAGGGGGAGGACUAGCAGACUCGAAUUUUCAUACUGCUCGUAAUUAGAUAAAGUCUAUUAGGUACCUUGAGGGUAUAUGACCUUUUACAGUUGCCGUAAAACAUUUACGACUUUAUCAAAACACGUUCGGAAACGCUCAUUUGCGAAUGAAGUAUUAUAUACGCAAAUAUUAAAAUGCACGUGAAACGAAACCGUUAAAAUAUACUUAGUGCGUCAUUCCUGUGCGUUUUUCUUUUGCUUCUAUUUAAUUUUUCAUCUCUUCGUUUAAUGAGAGCGCCAAUGCACUGCGUUUAUAAUUAAAAGUCCUUUUUCAUAUUUUAUAUUGCGUUUAUUUAAAGAUCAAAGGACAACAGAUAUUGAAAUUAGCGUAUUUUUAAAACGACAAGACAAUGAAUUUCUCUACUUCAA